CAGCUCUACGCCGAAUUAGUCGCGUUUGGUUCGCUAUUUGUUAUUAAAUUGUUAAUUCAUUUGUAAUAAUAACUCAUCGAUCAAAGAAUAUUGAUUUUUUUCAAUAAGUGGUCGCAUUCAUUAGACUUUACGAACCCAUAAGGAUAAGCAAUGUGGAAGGCUUCAGCAGGACAUCUAAUACAGGCGACCACUGCUGACGACGAUGAUUGGGAAACCGACCCGGACUUCAUAAAUGAUGUUAGCGAGCAGGAGCAGCGGUGGGGAUCGAAGACCAUUGAAGGCAGUGGCCGCACAGCUGGGGCCAUUGAUAUGGACAAGUUGCGCGAAGAGACGGAGAAGGCCGAUUUGAACAAAAAGAAACAACUGCUGAAAGAUCAAAAUGCCGGCUAUGGCUAUGGUGGUAAGUUCGGUGUGGAGAAGGAUCGUAUGGAUAAGUCGGCAAUGGGCCACGACUACCAAGGAAAGGUUGAGAAGCAUGCCUCACAGAAGGAUUACAGCGAAGGUUUUGGUGGCAAAUUUGGCGUGCAAUCCGAUCGUGUAGAUAAGUCCGCUGCCGGCUGGGAUCAUGUGGAGAAGGUGGAGAAGCAUGCAUCACAAAAGGAUUAUGCCACAGGCUUUGGUGGCAAAUUCGGCGUGCAAUCCGAUCGUGUGGACAAAUCAGCAGUAGGUUGGGAUCAUGUAGAAAAGGUGGAGAAGCACGAGUCACAAAAGGACUAUUCGAAGGGCUUUGGCGGUAAAUUUGGCGUGCAGGAAGAUCGUAAGGAUAAAUCGGCGGUCGGCUGGGACCACAUAGAGGCGCCACAGAAGCACGAAAGCCAGUUGGAUCACAAGGUCGGAUUUGGCGGAAAAUUUGGCGUUCAAAAAGAUCGCAUGGAUAAAUCGGCCACAGGCUACGAUGACAGCGGCAAGCAACAGGUGGGCACCAGCUACACCAAAGUGAAGCCCAACAUUGAGGGCGCGAAGCCCUCGAAUCUGCGAGCAAAGUUUGAGAAUCUGGCAAAGAACUCCGAGGAGGAGUCACGUAAACGAGCCGACGAACAAAAACGUCUGCGUGAGGCGAAGGACAAGCGCGACCGGGAGGAGGCGGCCAAGAAAACUGUUGUAGAGAACACACCACGCACCCCCUCGGAUGAGGCGCCAGCCAAAGGCACUCGCACGGCCAUACAAACAGGACGCGCUGGUGGCAUUGGAAACGCCAUAAGCGCCUUCAAUCAAAUGCAAUCACCCACAACAGAUACGCCACCGGCACGCAAGGAGCCCAUUAUCAUACCCAAGGAGGCAGUGCCGCAGCCAGCAGAGCCCGCUACGCCUCCGCCAACGCCCAUUGCAGUCGCAGAGACAGUUGAGCCGCCUCAGCCAAAAGUCAGCGCACCGCCACCGGAUGUUGUGCCACAAAUCGAAGUGGAAACAGUUGCCACGCCGCCAACUUCAUCAAACGAAACAUCGCCGGUGCAUGCCGCUGUCGAGCCAACACCAAUAGAAAGGCCAGUUUCUGUGCCUGUGGCUGUGACAGAACCCGAUCCGGAGCCUCUCUAUCAGAAUCAAGCCGAAGUGAAAGCUGCAGCUGCCAAUGGCACGGCUGCCGCGACUCCCUCAACUGCUGGAUCCGAGGAAGCCAUGUUAGCCAAUUCAGAUAAUCUGGCCGACUAUUUGGAGGACACGGGCUUGCAUGCGAUCGCUUUGUAUGAUUAUCAGGCAGCGGACGAUGAUGAAAUAUCCUUUGAUCCUGACGAUACUGUCACGCAUAUCGAGAUGAUUGAUGAGGGCUGGUGGCGUGGACUCUGCAAGAAUCGUUAUGGCCUCUUUCCGGCGAACUAUGUUCAGGUUGUGAAUCAAAAUUCAUAAAUAUUUGAAAACAAUUCUGGCUGCCAAAUUGCAAUAUUUUUCGAUGCCCACAACAAAAUGCUUCCGUUUGAAAUUUAAAAAUAGAACAAAAACCCACUCUAUUUACUAUUUUAAUUAUAACAAUAAUAUUCAUUUAAUUUCACUACCUUUAUGUAUUUACAACGAACCAUUGACAUUAUUACUGUAUUAUGUAAAAUUUGUUACAUUUAGACUCACAGACGCAUGCAUAUAAUAAUUCCAUUUCAUUGAUUUCUCUUUUGAAAAACUGUAUUACAUUCUUUGUAUUUUUUCGCAUAUUUUUUUUAAAAAAUAUGCUAAACUAUUUAUGUUUCUUACUCUAACACUUUGUGGAAAUUUUUUAUCUAAUUGUAUAUGUUUUGGGUCGUCUUUG